AUGGUGGAGCCGGUGGGAUUUACUGAGGCGUGGAAAGCGCAAUUCCCCGAGUCCGACCCCCCCAAAAUGGAGCUGCGAUCCGUCGGCGGCAUUGAGCAGGAGCUGGAGAGGUGCAAGGCGUCCAUCCGGCGCCUGGAGCAGGAGGUGAACAAGGAGCGCUUCCGCAUGAUCUACCUGCAGACCCUCCUGGCGAAGGAGAGGAAGAGCUACGACAAGCAGCGGUGGGGCUUCAGGAAGACCCCGCUGAACGAGGGGAUGGACCCCGCCGCGGCCACGCAGGGCGCCGAGUGCCAGUCCCAGCAGCCGCACAUGCAGGAGACAGGUGGAGUUGGAGUAGGAGUGGUUGGCGGAGGGUAUGGUGUUGGUGGUGGUAGUGCGGAGAGGAUCCGUUAUCAGCCUCUUGGAGAUGGAGCUGGAAGGUCCAAACCCAGGCCUCCGCCGGCAAGGAAGUCGGCCUCCCACGGGGACGGCCUGGAGUCGGCCUUCGAGGUGCCCCAGCAGGCCGAGUCGAUGUCUUGCGACAACCUCGAUGGCCUCUCGCCGUCCAAGCAGAGAAGCGGCAUCUCCGUCACCGUCUCCCCCCGCAGGCUCAACGUUCCGCCCCCAGACAAGGACCUGCCCGUUGACCCCAAGGACAAGCUGGGGAUGGGACUUGGCGUGGCGGCUCUCAGGUCCAACUUUGAGAGGAUCAAACGGGCCAACUCUCACUCGGCGGGGGAUGUAGCGAAGGGCCAGGAGAAGCAGCAGCAGCAGCUGCCGCCACCGCCACCGUUCUACUCGAACAUGGAAUUCCACCACGAGAGGGGUCUGAUCAGGGUCAACGACCGCGACGUCUCUGACAAGAUCAGCUCCCUGGGCAGCCAGGCCAUGCAGAUGGAGCGAAAGAGAUCUCUUCACUCCCUCCCAGGUAACCUGGCAACAGUGGCAGGGGAGCUCCGCGCCAGGCCGGUGUACAGAGGCCGGUCCACUGAGAGCACUUGCGGCUAUGAUGCAGAAUAUGAAGACGGUGAACCCAACCAGCGACAUUCAGUGAGGGCCAACGGGGGCAAACCUCCACCGCCUCCUUGGCAGCCCUCCGAGUUCCAGGCUUACUCCAGCGUUUAUGUUGGCGGGGUGAUGAUGGGUGAAGGUGGCGGUGGAGACGGAAGAGGCGGUGGUGGAAGUGGUAGUAGUAGUGGAGUCACAAUGAGAGACCUUGGGGGAGGUGAUGACCACCUCCUGACCUGGCCACGCCGUUCCUACUCCCCAGGGAGCUUCGAGGAUGUCGGCGGAGGCGGCGGCGGCUACACGCCGGACUGCAGCUCCAACGAGAACCUGACGUCCAGCGAAGAGGACUUCUCCUCGGGCCAGUCCAGCCACGUCUCGCCCAGUCCCACCACGGCCUUCCGCCGGCCCUUCCGAGAGAAGAGCCGCUCGCCGUCCCAAAACUCCCAGAACUCCCAGCACUCCUUCGACAGCAGCAGCCCUCCGACGCCACAGUCCCAGAAGCGUCACCACCGGCAGCCGGGAGGCCACGUGGUCAUGUCUGAAGCCACUAUUGUGAGCGUUCGCAAGACCGGUCAAAUCUGGCCACCUGGCGCACAUCAUGACCUCUUGCCCCACGGUAGAACAUCCCACGACAACAGUUUCCAUGGAGACCACCUAGAUGGUCAUUUCACCGGGACCCCUCCCACGUACGGUUACGACGCAGACCGAGCAGAGGAGCAGCGGAGGCACCACGACAUCCUGCCCUACAUCGAUGACUCGCCGUCGUCUUCGCCGCACCUCAGCUCCAAGAGCCGCAGCAGUCGGGACACGCUCUCCUCUGGAUCACUGGAGUCCUCCAAGUCGACUGAAUGUGACCUGGAAAAAGGUUUGGAGAUGAGAAAGUGGGUCCUGUCUGGGAUCUUGGCCACCGAGGAAACAUACCUCAGUCACCUGGAGGCACUGCUGCUGCCCAUGAAGCCACUGAAGGCCGCGGCUACGACGUCGCAGCCCGUGCUCAGCGUGGCCCAGAUAGAAACCAUCUUCUUCAAAGUGCCUGAGCUCUACGAGAUCCACAGGGAGUUCUACGACGGACUUUUGCCCCGCGUCCAGCAGUGGAGCCACCACCAGAGAGUCGGGGACCUCUUCCAGAAACUGGCCAGCCAGCUUGGAGUUUACCGAGCAUUUGUGGACAACUACGAGCUGGCUGUGGAGACGGCGGAGAAGUGCUGCCAGGCUAACACGCAGUUUGCUGAAAUCUCUGAGAACCUGAAGGUGAGGAGUCCGAAGGACUCUAAGGACCAGACGGCCAAGAACUCUCUAGAAGCGUUGCUAUAUAAACCAGUGGACAGGGUGACUCGCAGCACGUUGGUACUUCAUGACUUGCUCAAACACACGCCGACCAGCCACCCGGACCACCCGCUUCUGCAGGACGCCUUGCGGAUCGCCCAGAACUUCCUGUCCAGCAUCAAUGAGGAGACGACGCCCCGACGCCAGUCUAUGACCGUCAAGAAGGGAGAGAGCCGUCAGCUUCUGAGGGACAGUUUCAUGGUGGAGCUGGUGGAGGGAGCGAGGAAGCUGCGGCACGUCUUCCUCUUCACUGAUCUGCUGCUCUGCGCUAAGCUGAAGAAGCAGAUCGGAGGUAAAAACCAACAGUACGACAGUAAGUGGUACAUCCCGCUGACUGAGCUGACCUUCCAGGGCCCCGAGGAGACCGAGCCCCUCACCAUCCCUCAGGUCCCUGACGAAGAGCUCGACGCCAUGAAGGUCAAGAUCUCACACCUCCGCAGUGAGAUUCAGAGAGAGAAGAGAGCAAACAAGGGUUCAAAAGUCAUCGACCGUCUCAGGAAGAAGCUGUCUGAACAGGAGUCUCUGCUCCUGUUAACGUCACCGAGCAUGCCCCUCAGAGUCUACAACAAGAACGGCAAGGGUUACAGUUUCCUGAAUUCGUCUGACUAUGAACGUGCAGAAUGGAGGGAGACGAUGAAGGAGCAGCAAAAGAAAUGUGUGAAAACGUCCUCCUUGACUUCCAUGGAGCUGCAAAUGUUGACCAACUCCUGCGUCAAACUGCAGACUGUCCACCACAUUCCACUUAGCAUCAACAAAGAAGAGGAUGAGUCCCCCGGUCUCCACGGGUUCCUGAAUGUAAUCGUCCACUCUGCCUCCGGCCUCAAACAGAGCUUGAAUCUCUACUGCACAUUGGAGGUGGAUUCCUUUGGCUUCUUUUCAAAUAAAGCCAAGACGAGAGUGUACCGAUACACCACUGAACCCAAAUGGAACGAGGAGUUUGAGAUUGAGCUGGAGGGCUCUCAGACCCUGAGGCUACUCUGCUACGAGAAGUGCUACAACAAGACCAAAACGAACAAAGAGGAUGGAGAGAGCACAGACCGCAUCAUGGGGAAAGGACAGAUCCCGCUUGACCCUCCGACCCUCCAAGGCAAAGACUGGCAGAGAACAGUUAUUCCCAUGAACGGGAUCGAGGUUAAACUUUCCAUGAAGUUCACCAGCCGGGAAUUCAGCCUGAAGAGGAUGCCCUCACGGAAACCCAUGGGCGUGUUCGGAGUCAAGAUCUCCACGGUGACAAAGCGAGAGCGCUCUAAGGUGCCCUACAUCGUCCGGCAGUGCCUAGAGGAGAUCGAGAGGAGGGGGAUGGAGGAGGUGGGCAUCUACCGGGUAUCAGGAGUGGCCACUGACAUUCAGGCCUUGAAGACCGCCUUUGACACCAAUCAUAAAGACGUGUCAGUGAUGAUGAGCGAGAUGGACGUCAACGCCAUCGCUGGCACCUUGAAGCUGUACUUCAGAGAGCUGCCAGAACCGCUCUUCACUGACGAUCUCUACCCCAAUUUUGCAGGCGGCAUCACCCUUUCUGAUAGUGUUGCCAAAGAGAGCUGUAUGUUGAACUUACUGCUGUCGCUGCCUGAACCCAACCUGGUUACAUUCCUUUUCCUUUUGGACCAUAUGAAGAGGGUGGCAGAGAAGGAAAGCAUCAACAAGAUGUCUCUCCACAACCUGGCGACGGUGUUCGGGCCCACCUUGCUGAGGCCUUCCGAGAAGGACAGCAAGAUCCCCGCUAACCCCACCCAGCCCAUCAGUAUGGGGGACAGCUGGUCCCUGGAAGUCAUGGCGCAGGUCCAAGUGUUGCUGUAUUUCCUCCAGCUGGAGACGAUCCCCACCCCGGACAGUAAACGACAGAGCAUCCUCUUCUCCACUGAAGUAUAGAGCUGACACUGACUCUGCCGAACCAUGAAGGAGUGAAAAAGAGACGGACCGUGGCUCAAAGUGAGCCUAUAAGUAGUAUGUUUUUGAAUUGACUGACCAGAUUGCAGCUGGAAAGGAUUGUCUCUGGCGAUGCCUGCUCUACCCCACCCCCCUCUCAAACACAAGAGGGCGCCUUUGGACCUCUGAAACUCGGAGGAUGCAAGGUCCUUGCCGUUCAUCAUAUCUCUCAUUACCUUGAUAUUUAGUGUGAUUCCUUUUACCCUUCAGUGAUGAUGUGGGUACAUCUGCCAUCUACAUUUCUCCACCCGUGCUCUCUGUUGGUCUCGACAAAUGUGGUUCAAAAAUCAGGAAGUUGUCAAAAUCAGUCCAUAAGAGAAUGAAAUGCAUCUUUCUUGAUUCUUGAAUUAGUUUGCCAACAAGUCAGACUUUCGAUGUUCCCUUUUGUUUGGGCAUUUGUUCUCUAUCUGUAUUUUUUUUUUUUGGACAAUCAUCGACUCAAGACUCCUGCACAAUAUGUUUAUCCAUCUCAAACAUUGCUUCACGUCCUGCUGAGGAAAACUCGAACCGUGUCUUAGAAAAUCUCAGCACACUGUUUCUGAGAAGACAAGAGGAGACUAAAGGAAGGAGUUAAAAAAAACAAACUACCACGAUACUGGCUUUCCAUCUUUGUGUCAGGAAGACCAACACCUGUAUGUUAAAGUGUUUACAACGUAAACAAACCCCGGUUGGAGUCAGAGACAAGCGCUUGGAGAGGGACUGUAAGAAAAAAAAGGAUUAGUAAUACACUGCAAUCUGACUGUCUGCGUUUUUUUCACGCCCAUAAAAGCAAAUUUCUUGUUUGUUUUUUGUGUUGUUUGUGUCUCAAGGUAGUCUUCAGCUUGAAUAUCCAGGAAGCAAUAUAUUUUCUAACAUAGGAACUGUCUGUGUUCAUAUCUUUGCGGACGAAAUGUCCUCCUUAUUGUAACAUAGGACAUCUUGCCAAAUUAAUAUGUUGUUCGUUUGUUUCUAGGAGAAAAGGAAGCCGUUGUAUUUACAGAUACCAUAUGUACAUAAUCUUAAAGUUGUAUUUUUUUUUUCUUUUCUUUUUGUUUGACAGUAUAAUCAUUGUUGCUAUUAUUGUAAUUUAUUUUGGGGGGCCUCGGGGGGGAGAAAUCGGUUUGUUUUUCUACGUGAACUUUUUUUUUUCUGUUUGAUUAAGAAAAUGGUAGGUCUUAGCCUUGACUUUGAGUCUUGCAGUAAAUAAGCAGGAUUUAGCCUUGUUCUUAUAGAAACUGUCCAGCCUAUCGAUGAUUCAUUUAGAUAUUAUUAUUAUUCUUAUUAUUAUUAUGAAGGUAACACACACAUUGUAGUUACAUACUGUAUGCUGCUGUGGAAAAGGCACAAGCUCUUUAACUGCUGGGUGUUCCUCGGCAGAGCGUCUCACAUCCAGAGACCGUCGCCUGUCUAGCGUAGACAUUAUGCAAUGUCAUAAUAGAGCACACACACACACACUCACACACACACACGUAUGACAUUGUCUCUUUUUGUACCAUUUAAUCUGUGGCUGCAGAAGUGCACUCACGCAAUGUUAGAAGAACUACUGUAUUACAAUUCAAGUGACCUGAGCACUCGGCAUUUAUGUCCGUUGAAGAGCUGGUUUUAAUGAAGGAAUAUUAUUUUUGUUUCAUCUUUUUUUUAUUUAUCUCAUGCAAAUGGCGAAAAUAUCCUGUUAGUUCUUUGUCCCUUUAACUGUUCUUCACACCUGAAGGUGUCCGUCCAACUCAAUGGCCAAUUUAAAGGAAGAUAUCUUGUUGAUUCUAAAAAAUUACAUAUCACUCAUUUUCAUUUCUGUGUCUUUGAUUUAACAUGCAGGCAUGUUUUAUUGUUUUUGUUUCUCCAUUAUUUUUUUUUUGCUGUCCUGUUCACAAAUGUGUCAUCAUAGACUUUGGGAUGUUUGGUAACUCGAGAGUUUCCUUUUCUGGCCUAUUAAAGGAUAGGUUCACAAAAAAUGUGAACCUAUCCUUUAAAGGGAUAUUUCAGGUGUUUUGAAGUGGGGUUGUAUGACGUACUUAUCCAUAGUCAGUGUCUCUACAGUUUCUACAGUA